AUGAUUUUAGUCAAAGAUUUUUGUGAUCGAUCGGAAGGAGCGGCUGCAACGGGUAAAAGAACAUGUUCAUUGGAAAGUGUCAAAUGUUUAAAUAUUAUAAAGGGAAAUAUGGAUUCAAAGAAGUAUAUUGAUUUUCAAUACGGGACAAAAUUGUGGUUCAACUGGCGAUUUCUUGCCAAAUCACCAUUUUCCUCCUUAGUGAACGCUCUAUGUGCUUCCGUACAACACGAUAAUGUUCACUAUGCUAGUGCCAGCACUCUCACAGUAUCUACUUUUCCCAUUAUUGAGAUACUAACCCAUAAACAAUCCCGAAUAUCUAAGCCCAUAGUUGGUUUGCUUGAAUGGAAUGCAUUUGCACAAACUGUUUCUAUGUAUGUACCUUGA